ACAAAUUUAUUUCGCGCCAAAUUAUGAUAACGUAACGUCAGUCACUCAAUGUCACAGGAUUUCACACUAUCGUUUUUAUUUUUUAAGAUUUAUUUUACAACUUAAUUUAAUAAAAUGAAAAUUGAAAGUAAACCAUUAAGAUAUGCUCACGCUGAGGGGCAUACCGAUAUAUGCUAUAGUGAAGAUGGGAAACACAUAAUAACCUGCGGUCAUGAUGGUGAUGUUAGAAUAUGGUUAGAUAUUGAAGAUGAUGAUCCAACAUCACAUUGUGUUGGAGAAAGUGCUCUUGCAGUAUGUUAUAAGGAUAAAAGGCUUUAUGUUGCCACUGAUAAUCAUGCUGUGCAGGCAUACACAUUCCCAGCAUUUGAUAAGGAUGGUAUUAUAACUCGGUUUACAGCACCAGUUACACAAAUUAAAUCUACAUCAAAAAUUGAGGCACUAGGAUGCUCCUCAGAGAAUAUGGAAGCAAAGAUCUGUAGCUUAGAGGGUGGGGCUCCAUUGUUUGUGAUGGGGGAACACAAGGGUCCUGUGCUAAGCAUUGCCAUUUGUCCACACAUGAAAUAUGCCAGCACUGCAUGUGGGGAUGGAAUGAUGAGAAUUUGGGAUAUAGACACACAGAAAAUCAUUACAGAAGUCUCUUGUGUCCAGAAAAUAAAUACUUUCUACUCUGCAAAAGCAUUGUGUCGCAUGGAUUUUGAACCAACUGAUGGAAAAUAUCUAGCAUAUCCAAACAAUCGUGAAAUUGUUUUGCUAGACUCAACAACUUGGGGGCAAAGAAUGGCAUUUACACAUAACUCGAUCAAAUGUUCAAUAUCCCAGUGUCAGUUUUCUCCCUGCGGCCAAUACUUGGCCGGCAGCACGGUCGCUGGUCAGAUCGCUGUGUGGGAAGUACAAACUGGCACUUGCAUGGGCAUCAUAGAACACCCAACUUCUCAUAAUGUAUCUGCUAUAGCAUGGAACCCCAAGGGUAACGGUGUCCUCGCGUAUUGCGACGUUGCGGGUCAACUGGGCACGUUAGUCAACUGUUAUGGUAAAGACAGCAGCAAGUUUGGUGCAGAUGAUAAUUUGGAUGACAUCGAAAUGAUUGAGAGAGACAAUGAUGACAAUGAUCUCGUAGACGACUUGAUCCAAGCAGACGACAGUGACGACGACAACGCCAUAUCUCUGGAGCGGAUCAAGAACGAGACGCUGGGGCUCGGGCCCCAGCCCGAAGCAGAGCCCCUCCGCCGGCCCCGCGACCGCGGCCUCGCGUCCCCGCAGCCGCCCUUCCAGCCCUCCGCCACGCCUGCCAAUCUUGAACAUAGAUACCUAUGUUGGAAUGAUGUUGGUAUAGUCCGCUGUCAUACAAUGGAGAAUGGGGAAUCCACUAUAGAUGUAGAGUUCCAUGACACCAAUGUGCAUCACGGGAUAACACUCAAUAACUACUUGAAUCACACCAUGGCUAGCUUGUCCACCACAGUGCUCGCUUUGGCUUGUGAAACACCUAGCAAACUGGUGUGUAUCUCCCUGGUGGGCAGCAGUAAGGAGUGGAGUGUGUCGAUGCCGGACACAGAACAGAUCGUGUGCCUGAGCGCCGCCGCCGCCGUCGUCGCGUGCGCCACCGACGCCAGGCUGCUGCGGCUCUUCACCGUCCUGGGCACGCAGAGACAGGUGAUAUCGCUAUGUGGGCCGGCAGUGUGCUUAGCAUCGUACAACACGAGCGUGAUGGUCGUGUACCACAGAACAGACCCCGGGGUCAUUGACCAGCAUCUCUCCAUGGAUAUUAUUACUGUCAAUGGACGACAAGCCCGCAGCAAGACAGUGGCGGUGGCGCUGAGCGCGGGCGCGCGCUUGCGCUGGCUGGGGGCCGCGCGCGCGCCGGCCGCCGCCGACAGCGCGGGCGUGCUGCGCCUCUGUGACGUCAGCUCCGGCCUCUGGCUGCCCGUCGCGCACACCGCCACGCAUUCUAAAGGGCUCUCCGACUCGUGGUUCAUCGUAUCUGUUUCGGAAUCAAGUCAAACAGUGCGAGCGAUACUAUGCAGGGGAACUUCAUUCCCGGCCACCGUUCCUAAACCCAUUGUUGUAGAAUUGCCGUUUCAGAUCCCGCUGUGUGAGCUGGAGAGUGAGAAGUCGCAGCUGGAGGAGCGGCUGCUGCGCGGCGGCGGCGAGCGGGAGACUGCGCUCAAGCUGUUCGCGCUGGCCUGCCGUAGUGAGAUAGAGCAGCGGGCAUUGGAACUUAUGGAGCUACUAAAGGACGACCGCCUCUUACCAUUAGCAGCGAAGUAUGCGUCCAGAGUCGGGCGAAUACACUUGGCAGAUAAACUCACAAAUUUAGCUGACACUUGGGAAAGAGAGGCGGACAAGAUGAACGUGGCUCAGAACUCGCAUUUCCAGGAGUUGGACACGCAGGAGACGUAUGACGUCACGAAUACAGAGGAUAUGAACGCCAGUUUGAUUAUACCGCAAAAGGCUAAGGAGAAGAAAGUGGAGAUUACGCCUAUUAAGCCGGUUCCCAUCAAAUCAUCCCCGGGUGGUGCCCGCAACCCAUUCAGAAAGCAACAAGAGGCAGCCAAAACCGCACAGAAUCCGCUCAGUUUGACCGACCGAAAUCUUGUGGAGGUGCAUUCUACAGACCUUUCAGAGAAUAAUGAUACACUAAAACCCCUGGAAGGGGAAACGUUCGUGGAUUGGUUUUCGCGCAACAAGAAGACCAUGGAACAAGAAAGUCCAGAUCUGACCCCUUCAGAGCUAACCCGCAAUGCCGUACGAAUGUUCAAGAGUAUCCAGUCGAAGCCCAGUAGCGACACCAGCGGCAACAAGAGGAAACUCGACGAUCACAGCGACCCCACGAAUCCCCCUGUGACAAAUGCCCCGAAACAAUCGAAACUUAGUGCCUUUGCUUUCCAGAAAAAAGCUUGAGAUUGUAGUUUUCUUUUUUAUUGUGAACGUAAGAGAAGUAUUAUUAAGAUUGUAAAUAUUUAAUAAAAUAUUUUUAAUAAAUA